CAGUGCGUGCUUAGCCACGACGCGCUUCGCAGCCACCGGAGAGCUUACUCAUCCAGCCAAGUACCUACUCGCCCAUCCAACCAACACCGAAAAAUGCAAAUCGAAAUACUGUUGAUGCUCAUUACAACAGCUAUAGGUAUAAACAGCCACGGCCAAGGGCCUAUGUUCGUGCAGGAGCCGGAUCAGUGGGUGGAGCUAUCCAACUCAAGUGGGGCUCUGCUGGUUUGCUCGGCCCAUGGCAGUCCGCCGCCCGACAUCCGAUGGCUCGAUGGCGAAGGCCGCGAACUCAAUCACAUGUCUUAUCUCAGAGAGGUUUUACACAACGGUAGCCUCUACUUUCCGCCAUUUUCGGCGGAAAACUUCCGGCCAGACGUACACGCGACCACCUACCGCUGUUUGGCGUCAAACCCGACUGGCAGCAUCAUAUCACGUGACUCUAUUCUCAAACCUGACGUGCACAGCAACGGUGCCCUGAUAGUGGACGACGUGACGGCGACAAAAGGCAACGUUGCCAUACUGCGAUGCAACGCGGCGAUCGGCGGACAACGCAGUCUGUCCUGGCUGAGGGAUGAUCCGCUGCUUGGCCGGUCGGCGCUACACUCAGGCGGCAAAUACGCGGCGACAUCGGCCAGCACGCUACACAUACGCGACGUGUCGCGCGACGACACCUACGCCCGCUUCUACUGCCAGACCAUCAACAAAAUCACCGGCGAACCAAAGAUCAGCAAGCCGGCUAGGGUGGCUGUGCUUGAGCCUGAUACGAACUCAGCUCCCAGGAUAACAUAUUCGUCUUCAGAAAUCAGGAAACAAAUUGGAUCUCAAGCUGAGCUUGAAUGUGUCGGAGAAGGAUAUCCUCCUCCAAAAUACAGAUGGUACAAGCAGGAGGGCGGAAUGCUGAUGGAAGUGACGGCUCAGUCGAUGUUGGUGAAGCCGAUGGACUCGGUGCUGCAGUUCCAGCAGGUGCGGCCCGAGGAUGGUGGCGUGUACGUGUGUGUCGUCAACAAUGUCCUCGGAGAGGACAGACAAGACCUGCUGCUCAUCACCUCCGCCCCACUCUCCGUCUACAUACAUCCCCAAUAUCAGGUUGUUGACGGUGGUUCGAGAGCAGUAUUCAACUGCUCAGUGCAUGGCGGGGAGGGGGCGGUAAGCAUUGUUUGGAUGAAAGACGCGAGGCCGCUGCACGAGGGGGGCCGAAUUAGUUUCCAGCAGCAGAAUGAAAUACUCGUAAUUGAAGGUGUUUCCAAAAUUGACCGAGGCAUGUACCAGUGCUAUGUGAGGAGUGGUGAGGAAACAGCUCAGGGUACUUCACAACUAACUCUGGGAGCCAUCCCGCCGACUCUCCUGACAACGUUUGUGGAGCAGACGAUCCAGCCGGGUGUGUCUGUGUCACUGCGUUGCAUCGCAGCUGGCCACCCCCCACCACGCCUCACCUGGUUGCUGGACGGAGGUCCCCUGCUGCCCCGGGGCCAGUACAUGCUUGGCAGCUUCCUCGACGCCACCGGCGACCUCAUCAGCCACCUCAACAUCACGCAUGCACGCGUGCAGCAUGGUGGCAUCUACACCUGCCAGGCCAAGAACAGUCUGGGAGCUGUACAGCACUCAGAGCCGCUAAAUAUCUAUGGACCCCCGACAGCGCGACCUCCCGUGAACGUGACGGCGGUGUCGGGUGGGGACGUGCACCUUCAGUGUCCGGUUGCAGGCUACCCAGUGGUGGCGACCACGUGGCAACAGGGUGGCCAGCCACUGCCCGUGCCCUCCAACUACCGGCAGCGGGUCUUCGCCAACGGCACUCUGCUCAUCAGCCAGCUGAAGAACGACGCCGACCGCGGCGAGUACACUUGCACUGUGCGCAACCAGCAGGGACAAUCCGCCAGCGGCAAGCUCUAUCUCGACAUUAAGAGGCCGCCAAAGAUCGCCCCAUUCCAUUUUCCCGCCAACUUGGAGGAAGGAGACCGAGCACAAAUAUCGUGCAUGGUCAUAUCCGGCGAUCUGCCCAUCGAAAUAAUGUGGCAGAAGGACGGCAGAAGUCUCAGCCAAGAUCCCGACAUCCAAGAGCAAGCCAAUCAGUUUGUCAAUAAUCUUCAAUUCGUGAGAUUGUCAGGACGUCAUGCUGGUCACUACACUUGCAUUGUCAAGAAUUCAGCCGCCGAAGUCAAUCACACAGCAGAGCUCGUAAUAAAAGUUCCACCCAGCUGGGUGAUAGAGCCUGAAGACAUUGCAGUGCUGGUUCAUCAUCCGGUUUUCUUUCACUGUAAAGCUACAGGAUUUCCUCAGCCUAGAGUUUCAUGGAUGAAGAGCACAGGAGAUGGAGGCAAUGAGUACCUGCCAUUGGAACUGACGUCUGGAGCUAUUAUCUAUGGAAAUGGAACAGUCUACAUACCUUCACCCUCGGCUGCCCAUGAAAGUGUCUACUCUUGCCAGGCCAGCAACGGUAUAGGCCCAGUUUUGAAGAAAGACAUCUUCCUCACAAUAAAUGUUCCAGCGCACUUCACAUCGCGCUCGCUGAACCAGAGCAUAAUGAUCGGAGACGAGGUGUCUGUGGCCUGCGAGGCAGAGGGCGACCAGCCCUUGCGGGUGACGUGGGGCCCUGGCCCAGUGGGGGGCGGAAUACUGCCGCCCCCGCAGACCCGUCACACCAGCACCGGUCUCACUUCCGAGAUACGCAUCCACGCUUUCUCCCGCAAGUACGCCGGCGCCUACCACUGCACCGCACGCAACGACUUCGGACAUGACACCAUGCUCAUCUAUCUAUCGGUUAAAGAGCCGCCGCUGGCACCGCGCAGCGUUGAGGUGGUGGAGGUGGGAAGCCGGUGGCUGAGCGUGCGAUGGGCGGCCGCAUCGUCCCCCGUCACCCACUUCCUCGUGCAAUUCCAGGAGGAGACGUCUCCCGCCUGGAACAAUGUGACGGUCAGUGGUAGCACCCAUUCGGCGCACCUCAGUGCCCUCGCACCCUCCACCGCAUACGCCAUUCGAGUGGUCGCCAUCAACGACGUCGGCGCCGGUCCCCCCAGCGCUGCCAUCGACGCUGUUACUCUACAGGAAGCGCCAAGUGAACCACCAGAAGAUGUUACGGCAGAGUCACCCGCCCCCAGAACACUAGUUAUCAAAUGGAAGGCACCAUCCAGAGGUAAGCUGAGAAGCAGCAUUGUGGGCUACAAGAUAAGCUACCGGGAGAUAGCGGCGGGAACGCCGAACGUGCGAACGGUGCGGGGUCAGCAGAGGACUGAGAUGACGCUGACCGGACUACAUCAGUACUCGCGCUACGAGAUCACGGUCACCGCCUUUAACCAGGUGGGGCCUGGGCCUCCCAGCACGCCCUUCAUCGCCACAACUGUCGAGGGUGUUCCAGAAGAGCCUCCAAAAGAUGUGAGAUGCACAAUGUUGUCAUCGCAGGCUCUACGUGUUCGCUGGGAGCCUCCGACUAAUGAUUAUCAGAAUGGAAUCAUUCAAGGCUACAAAGUGCUCUUCAAACGUGUUUCAACCAAAGCUCAUGCAUCAGACGUUGAGAUGAAGAAGACGACCAAUCUGGAGACAAACAUUCAUGGUUUGCACAAGUAUUCCAAUUACAGCAUAAGAGUAUUGGCAUUCACAAGCAGUGGAGAAGGCGUUCAGUCACAGCCAGUUUAUUGUAUGACUGAGGAGGAUGUUCCUGGUCCACCAGGCUUGAUCAAAGCGUUAGCUAUGACGUCAGACAGUAUCCUGGUAUCUUGGACUAGACCGCGAGAGCCGAACGGCAUCAUAAUGAAGUACUUCAUCUACAUUCAACAUCAAAAUAAGGACAUAAUAAAAGAAGUUGUUUACGGCGACAAAGACCAUAUGUACGAAUGUCGUCGGUUGAAAGACUUUCAAAGAUACAAAUUUUGGGUCACCGCUGCAACCAGUGUUGGAGAGGGUGAACCAAGUGUGAAAAUUUCCCAAUCUCCAAUAUCAAGAGUUCCAGCCAAAAUCGCAUCAUUCUCUAACACUGUGGUGGCCAGUGUUGGUUCAAGAGUGACUCUGAGCUGUCACAUGGUCGGCCUGCCGGCACCUGCCAGGAUGUGGAAAGGACCUGGUGGCUCAGAAUUACCUAAAGACAGUAUUCUGAUUGAUGGAACAUUGGUUCUGGGGCCUCUGAGCCAAGACAUGAGUGGCAACUACAGCUGCUCGGCUGAGAAUGUUUUCGGCAGAGACGAGAUCUUCUAUCAGCUGGCUGUGAUGGUCGCUCCCGCUGCACCGAUUCUCGCCAUCACUGCAGCUACUAUGAAUAGUUUGACUCUACAAUGGAAGUUGGCAUCGGAUGGAGGGAGUCCCGUUACAGGCUAUAAGCUCAGCUACCACAAACAACCGAAUGGUGAAUGGAGAGAAAUUCAUAUUGAAGCAGACCAACAAAUCUAUACGUUGAAUCGACUGAAUUGCGGAUCUGCAUAUGAACUGUUUAUCCAAGCACGCAACGCAGUUGGCCAGAGUAAGCCAAGCCCAGCGCUACAGGCGUACACCAAGGGUCAUAUGGCCAGCCCUCCCGAGCUAGAGGAGCUGUUAGCAGUGAACUCGACGUCGGCGACGGUCUAUCUUGAGAGCUGGCCGGGUGGUGGCUGUCCCGUUCUGUUCUUCAGUGUAGCUUGGCGAGCGCAGGGCGAGUCCAGGUGGAAGUCCCCCGCCGGCCACCAGUUGUCGCCGCUACACGAUGUCACACUCGGCGACCUCACGCCUGCCACUCGCUACUCGCUCCGUGUUGCAGCCACCACAGAGGCUGGCACCCACCACAAGGAGUAUGUCUUCGUCACCAGGUCAAAGUCUGGAGAAAUAGUUCCAUUGGAGCUCAUACCCGAGCAAAGGAGCUCAGUGCUGGAAGAUAUGAAUAUUGUUCUGCCAAUAAUGACUGGAAUAAUCAUUUCCAUCACCAUCACUGUAAUCUCCUGGAGAAUGUAUCACAAGAGAAAAGCACAUCAGAAGAAUCCAAUCGAAGAUUGCAGGAGUAAAAGUCUGAUGGAAAUGGAAAAUCAGAGAAAUUCAGAUCAACAAGGUCACACGUUCUCGCCCUCCUCUCCACGAAAGAUUGAUUCAUCGAUUAGUGCAAAUAAAGGUAGUGAUACUUCAGGUACCGAGUAUGAAAUCUACCCGUAUGCGACAUUCAACCUGCCGUCGCAGCCAAUGGGACACUCGAUGCAGUUCCAGACAUUCAACCAGCGCGACUGCUACGAGGGCAGGCCUGUCAAGGAGUACCACAGGGCAAGGAUGCACAAGCCCAGCGCCAGCACCUCUGCUAGUCCACCUGAUGGACUCAGUCUAGAGAUUUCGUGCAUAACCAGCCAGCAAACACUGCCAGUGGCUCGACGGAAAGGAGGAACUAAAGAGAAGAAGAAAGGAAGCACAUCCUUUAUAUGCGACUCGGACAGCAGUAGUGAGAAGAGGCACAUUUACACACAGCAUACUCCGGUGCAUCCACCUCGCAAUACAGGAACAACAGUUUACGAGCUGGACUCAAGCACAGAAUCGGCCGACGCGUCGCCGGAAGUAUGUCGAUCUAGUUUAGCAAGGAAAAACAUCCAUUCAAGAUAGCAACAUACUGAACCACCUAAAGGAAGCUCGCCAUUGGAUCCUCCUUGUGGAUUUUCAGAUAGCCAAGAAUUCUCUGAGGCUGAAUGCGAUAGAGACGGUUUCAACUACAUAGAUGCAGAACAACAGAAGGAACUUGAAGAAGAGUUGAUUAUGAUUGUUAAAAAGUAUCGCGCUCAAAAAUGUGACUAUACAAUUCAUGUGUAGCGUCACGAAUCUUGAAUCCAAGUGUGAAAAUUAAUCCAGACCCGACUAUUCUGCUUGAUAUAAUUGUGCUCAUGUUGCCAUUCUCUGGUCGAAGAAUAAAUUAAUUAUUCAACCUCCUCUUCCUAAAUCGAUAUAUAGCCUAAUAAUUGUUGUACAUCAUCAGAGUUGUUCUCCAAAGAUUGUUAUUUGAUAAAAAAAAUUGACUAAAAUGUUUU